ACUAACUUUUCUCGUUUGACUUCUUACUGGUUUGGCUCUAAGCUUGGUUGCGGUCUUCGGACAAGCAGAGGAUCUGAUUGCUGAGAUUCACUGGGAUUUAAAAAAGUUAAUUUGGAGACUAUGAAUGUGAGGUUAAAGAUGAAUUAAGACAGGUGUAUGUCUGGCUUCAUGAUUUGUCCAAGUGCUGUUAAAGUGGAACACACCCAAGAGCGAGCAGUUUGGGAGUCCUUAUUCAACCCCUCAUCACUAUGACUCAUCUCCACCAGGGGAUCACAUGGGGCGCCCUCACGUGCGUCAUACUGGUCUUCAUUCCCAACCUGAACGUCAAGGCGGGAGAGAUAUCGGGGCCGUGUGAAGGUAGAGACUGUUCCGUCUGCCAAUGUCUGUCUGUGAAGGGAGCGAGGGGACCGCAUGGAGCCGCCGGAACGCAGGGGCCGCGGGGGCCUAACGGGUCCGCUGGUCCAGGAGGACGUCCGGGCCAUAAGGGGAAGAGAGGAUAUGAGGGCCUGACUGGGCCAGAGGGCCUAAAGGGGGACAGGGGCGAAACAGGAGUUCCAGGAUUUUCCGGGCUGGAUGGAUUAGAUGGUUUACCUGGAGAUGGGGGUCUGCCUGGUGUGCCAGGUCUGGAUGGAUGCAACGGGACAAGAGGACUGCAUGGUACUUCAGGAUUCCCAGGGCAAGAUGGCUCACCGGGCCGACCGGGACUUCCUGGAAUGAAAGGAAUGAAGGGAGAGCCCUUGUAUGGUGUAGCGGUACCAGGUUUUCCAGGAGAUGCUGGACCACCUGGUUUUCCUGGUUUACCUGUAAGUACACAACCACACUCAGUUGCGCACAAGUGGUUAAACCACUUAAGCUUACAGUGGAAUAAUAUUACUGUCGAUGAAAUUAACUUUGUCAUGUGAUCUCUGCUCCUAUGAAUAUUUCCUGUAUUGUUUGUGUUCCACGAAUAUUUGCGAAGGGACCCAAGGGUUGGAAAGGUUCUAAAGGGUUCCAGGGACUGCUUGGUCCAGAGGGGCAUGACGGUGUCAUUGGUCAGGAUGGGCCCAAAGGUUCAAAAGGAAUAACUGGAAGAUCAUUACCAGGCGAGAAAGGAGAUGAGGGAAGUGUAGGAGAGCCUGGACCACCUGGACCUCCUGGACUUUCAGAGUUUACUGGAAGUGCAAAUGAUUAUUUCUCCAAAGGCUUAAAGGGUGAUAAAGGACUGUCUGGUUCAUGUGGACCCCAAGGCCAACAAGGUUUUGGAUUACCAGGACUAAAGGGAGAAAAGGGCAUUCUUGGAUAUGUUGGCUCUCGUGGUGAACAUGGCUUGCCGGGCACACCUGGACAUCUGGGUUUUAAGGGCCGCUCAGGAGAUCCUGGGCUUCCAGGCAUAAAUGGACUCUUCGGUUUUAAGGGAGAACAAGGAGACCCUGGCCCUAAAGGAGCUACGAUUCGUAUAGAGAAGUAUGAAGAAUGGCCUGGUCCUGCAGGAGAUACCGGUUACCAAGGAACGCCAGGGUUGCCGGGGGAUACGGGCAUCAUGGGGAGCCCAGGGCAACCAGGUUUCCGUGGCCAGACACUGCCAGGCCUAGAAGGCAGGCCAGGACCUAAAGGCCCCCAUGGUCCCAGAGGCUUUAAGGGAGAGCCAGGACAGCCCUACCAUGGCAGGGCGCGGCCGGGGACCCCUGGGCUGCAAGGGCCCCCUGGGCGAAAAGGGAAUCAAGGACCAGCUGGCUCUGCAGGAUGCAGUGGCCCCAUAGGGAUCUGUGAUCCUGGUUUGCCAGGACAGCCUGGGGAAAAAGGUGACCAAGGUGUACCUGGACAAAGGGGCGUGAAUGGGCAGAAAGGCUAUACUGGAGAUUGUUUGUGUGGUGUGGCCCAGGGCCAUGUGGGGGACCCAGGACCCAAAGGAGACCCAGGCCCUCCUGGCUACCAAGGUUUAGGGGGUCCUGCUGGAGAGACGGGUGACCCUGGCUUCAGUGGUAACUCCGGACCUCAAGGCCUUCCAGGAAACACAGGGAUAUCUGGUCAACAAGGUGCCAAAGGCCAUAAGGGAGACCCCUAUAUAGGAACAAGAGGCCAGAAGGGCGAGCAGGGGAUCCCGGGACCAUCUGGUGUUCCCGGAGCUCUAGGCCAGCCUGGCCUUGAUGGCGCGCAUGGGCCUGUUGGAGAUCCUGGGCCACCAGGUGGUGAUUAUACUGGGUGUAGAGGUGACAAGGGAUACCCAGGUUUAGCUGGCCCCAAAGGACCUCCAGGCCCGGCAGGAUCCCCUGGUGUAGGCAUCCCUGGUCCAGCAGGAGACAGAGGACCAGAAGGGGAUAAAGGACCACUGGGUCCCCCUGGUUUUCCUGGGCUUCCUGGUCCUACAGGUGGUGGAUGUAAUGUGCUAUGUGAUGAUGAUGUUAGAGGUCUCGUUGGCCUGCCUGGGCCAGUUGGACCGCCAGGAUUUGAUGGUGAGUGUUCAUAUUCUGUGCCUUUAGAACAUAUUGAAGACUUGUUUGGAAAUUAUCUCCAUCACCGACCCUCACUGUGUGCUCUCUGUUCUUUAGGGAGACCUGGAGAUCAAGGUCAGCAAGGACCACCGGGUCCUCCAGGACUCCCAGGGCUUAAAGGACAUAAAGGGGACGAUGCGUUCCAUCGAUUAGUGGGACCCACAGGAAGCCACGGUCCACCUGGUGAUCAAGGUUAUCCGGGCCCUCCAGGAUACUCCACAGAGGGCCCACCUGGCCCCCAUGGAAUCCCAGGGCCUCCAGGCCCAAAGGGACUUCCAGGAGAUGGGGGACGGUUUGGCCCUCCCGGCCCUGUCGGACCAAGAGGGUUUGUUGGGGCCCAUGGACAAAAGGGUGUGCAGGGUGCACCUGGCCCCCCUGAAAUACUAGGAGGCCCAGGGUCACCGGGGACCAAAGGUUAUAAAGGACUUAUUGGAGAUACUGGGCCCCCGGGCCCCCCAGGUCCACCAGGGCGGCCGGGUGUGGUUUGUGGCUCAUGGCCAGGCUUACCAGGUCUGCCUGGUUCAGUAGGACCCACCGGACCCACAGGUUACAAAGGUGGGAGAGGUGAGACUGGGACGCAAGGUCCCCCAGGCACUGGACCCAAAGGACGUCAAGGACCACCAGGACCACCUGGGCCACACAGUAGCCCUGGGCCAACAGGACACAGUGGGCUACCAGGUGACCCUGGGCUACCUGGCCUUAAUGGCAUGAAAGGUAACAAAGGGUUCCCAGGAAGGGUUGGCCUUGGGAUAUCUGGAAAGGCUGGUGUGCCAGGGCCCCAGGGAAGACAAGGGGACAGGGGUUACCCAGGGCUAGAUGGAAAUGUCGGUGAUCAAGGAUUAACGGGGAAAAAAGGUGAUCGGGGAAACCCAGGACCUCCAGGAUCAGGUGACUUUGUGGAGAAGGGUGAGAAGGGAAAACAAGGACGCCCGGGGCUGGAUGGAUAUCCUGGACCCGAUGGUGAGAAGGGUUCCCCAGGUCAACCAGGUCACGUAGGGCUUAGAGGUUCGGAUGGCCCACCUGGGUAUCAGAAAGGCCGACUGGGCCCACCAGGAAGGCCCGGGCCACCUGGACUCCUUGGCCCUCCAGGACCCAUAGGAGAUCCUGGGCCUACUGGGGAUCAUGGACCCUAUGGUGUCAAGGGUGACCCAGGCUUUCCAGGAUCACCAGGACCACAUGGAGCACCAGGCUUAACAGGCAUCAAAGGUGAACCAGGGCCCAGUCAAGGACACCCUGGCCCCACAGGUCCACAAGGAUAUCCAGGGGAAACUGGUUCUCCAGGCUGUUCUGGGGUUAAAGGAGAUGAGGGAGACAAGGGUUCGAGAGGGCCUGAAGGACCCCCCAGCUCUAAAGGGGACCAAGGUCCCAGAGGCCCCCGAGGCCCCCGUGGCCCUCCAGGAUCUUCAUUACAUGGCCCUGUAGGCCCACCCGGCCCCAUAGGACCUCAAGGCCCUAAAGGUUACCCGGGACUACAUGGCGCCCCAGGCACACCAGGAGAUCCAGGUCUGUUUGGUCUGAACGGCCUUGAAGGUUCAAAGGGAGAGAAAGGAUCAAGUGGGACAGGCUUGAGUGGUUCCCCAGGAGAACAUGGGUUGCCAGGAGAUAAAGGAGUACAAGGAAGUCCAGGACUCCCAGGAUAUUCUCAACCAGGACAAAAGGGUUACCAAGGCAACCCAGGAAAACCAGGCCUCACAGGGGAGACAGGUGAGACAGGCGAUCCUGGCAGAGACUGCACACACAGCAACAGAGGACCUGAAGGGUUUCCAGGACCCCCUGGCCUAGAUGGACCUUCAGGACCCCGAGGGCCUGUAGGACCCCCAGGCCCAACACAUGCCCAUCCAGGAGACAGUGGUGACCCUGGGUGGUCAGGAACAACCGGACCCAAAGGGGACCCAGGACCCCGUGGGCCUCUGGGACCUCCAGGAUAUCCUGGACUUGAUGGACUUAAAGGAGCCAGAGGAUUUGAUGGUCUCCGAGGACCACCUGGACCUCCAGGGCUGUAUGGCUCCGCUGAUCCCCAAGGCCCCAAGGGAGACAAGGGAUCACGUGGGCUCCCAGGGCAAAAGGGCCUGCCAAGUCCAAUAAUAGAUGUGCCCAGACCACAGCCACCCCGUGGACCUACUGGCCCCCCCGGUGUUGGUCCUGGCCCCACCGGUUCACAAGGCCCGCCUGGCCCAACUGGACCUCCAGGACACAAAGGAGCCAAAGGUUUAGUGGGGACCCGUGGAUCGGUUGGAGAGCCUGGUCCUGCAGGACCACCAGGAUUUCAAGGAGAUCCAGGUGUACCUGGAGCCCAAGGAUUUGUUGGACCUGAAGGCCCAUCAGGUAUACCAGGAGACCCAGGUUUCCCAGGAGGCACAGCAGCAGUUAGCCCUGGCUUCCUGCUUGUCAUUCACAGCCAGUCAGUGACCAUACCCAAGUGUCCUCAUGACAUGCGUGAGAUGUGGACCGGCUACAGUCUUCUCUAUCUGGAAGGACAAGAGAAAGCCCGUGCACAGGACCUUGGUCAGGCAGGCUCUUGCAUGCCCAUCUUCAACACCAUGCCCUUCUCCUACUGCAGCAGUGCCACCUGUGAAUACGCCAGCCGUAACGACAAGUCUUACUGGCUCUCCACCGCCGCUGCUGUGCCCAUGAUGGCCGUGGAUUCGCACAACAUCUCCCUCUACAUCAGCCGCUGCGUGGUGUGCGAGGCUCCGUCACCAGCCGUGGCCAUCCACAGCCAAGCAGAGGAGCCAGUCAGGUGCCCAGGGGGCUGGAGGACACUGUGGCGUGGAUACUCCUUCCUUAUGUCCACUGGCUCGGGAUAUGAGGGGGGUGGCUCGUCUCUGACCUCUUCAGGAAGCUGUUUGGUGGACUUCCGUAACCAGCCCUUUAUCGAGUGCCAAGGGGCCCAAGGCACAUGCAACUACUUUGGGAACUUGUACAGCUUCUGGUUGACCAGUGUCAACGCUUUGGAUCAGUUCAGAAGCCCGCCGCAAAGCAGCACACUCAAAGGUCCAGCAGAACAGCGCAAACUAGCAAGCAAAUGCCAUGUGUGUAUGAAGACCACACAGUUUGUAUCAGUAAUCUGAAACAUUCAAGUCUUGCAGUCAAUGGGCUGUAAGUGUAGUUUUGUAUAGAUAAAUUGCAGUCAAGAACCCCUGUGUUUUUCUUUUUUGCAUUUAAGUUUUUUCCGUAGUAUCUUUUGUAAAAUCCUCCUGUUCGUUGUCAUGCUUUGUGAUGAUAUUUUUAGCAAUUUGCUGGAUGAUUUCAGUGUUCAUCUUUUAGCAAUUACUUAAGAAUUUGCCUAAAUUGACCAAACAGAGACACAGCACUGGCCAGUAAUGUAUAUUGUGGAACUAUUAAUACAAAGCUGUACUUGUCUGUCUAAAAAUCUGUCUACAAAAAUAUCACUUCUUGUGGUAUUUCUUUGACCAUUUGCUCUUGAAUUAAUGAAAUAUAUUUGAUCAACUGCAGUUUCAUCAUCUUUGAUCAAAUAUGUUUAUCAAAGCUUAACACUGAUCCCAGGUCAACUGCUUCGAAGACAUGAUAACAAGUCAUCCAAUACUAAAUACCUUUGAACCAGUAGACCUCUAGAAGGAAGUUUGUUCAACAUUCCCUUGUCAAACAAAUAUUCUCUUUUUUAGCAUUUUUGCUCGGACUGAUUUCUUAUGGUGCUCUCAGGUCUCCGUGGGUAGACACUACCAAUGGCAUCUAACCUGCAUUUGAUAAAUAUAUUUACAAUUGGAACACUGUCAUCAGUUUGCUUUAGAAUUUGAACUUAAGGGUGCUGUCAGUAUCCAAUUGUACUGUAUAUGAUUUUUUUAAAGAACAUAUUCUUUCUUUCUUUCUGUAUGUUAUGCUCUUGAGCCACAGAUGCCAUUAUACUAUGGAGUAAUAUCCCCUGUGUGUCAGUAUGGUGUGCAUGUUCAUGUUUCAUUAGUUUCUUCUUGAUUGACUUUGGUGUAGAAACGUUCUGGUCGGGUGGAAAAGGUAAAACACACAACUGAGAAUCACGAAUAAAUUGAGUUUUCCAGUGUUA